AUAAAAUCGUACCAGAGAACAUUGAAAAGUGAACAUCUCAAGCAACAAACGGUUUAAAAUUCGAAGCCAUUUGUGACGUUGACUAUGAACACAACAGUGGAGAGGAAGACAGCGGGAGAGUCUUUGAGAAAACGGCUUCGCACUACAGUAUCUGUUGUCUACUUAUCUCUCUCACAGUAAAGGUGUUAACAAAGAGGACAAGAUCAACGACAAGAGCAGGAGGACGAAAAAAAAGAUGGAGUUUAUCAACAAUACGAACGUCACAAACUCAACCGAGCCCUCCACGGUGGGAUCUGUUUCCUGGAUAGAACAGUAUGAAGAACCAGAAGCUCUUUACAUUUUCCGUUUAACCCUCUUCUCCGUGAUCAUCUCGGCCAGUUUAAUCGGCAACUCGAUGGUUUGUUAUGCUGUGUGUACCAUACCUUCGAACCGCAAGCCUCUGUCCUACCAUCUCGUCGCUAACAUGGCCUUCGCAGAAAUUCUAAGCAGUGUUUGUUUGGCCGUCAUGUUUGCGAGCUGGCAGAAUCCAACUGACGUCGUUCUUCAAGAGGCCGCAUGCAUUUUGAAUCCGUUGCAAGUAGUUGCUCUUCUCGUUGUGAUCUACUCACUGGCUGCCAUCGCUUUUUAUCGUUACAGAUUCAUUGUAAACCCUUUUCCACGCGGACCGUCCGUUAAGAAGAUUACAAUUCUGACCAUAUCUGGGUUGUGGCUGAUGUCAUUUGCAAUCGCCUGCCCCUUUUUCUUCGGUCUCAGAUUUAGAAAUGGUGUAUGCAUCGAGCUGCCUGUCACAAACAAUGAGUACUAUGUAAUAAUUAGAUUCAUCCUGAACUACGCUUUACCUUAUGUGAUAAUGCUGGCAUCCUACGGAGCAGUGGCGUGGAACUUGAAGAUGCGAAUUGUACAGAUUAACGAAAGAAAUCGGACCUCGACUGCCGAAUCGUCUUGUGUUGUCCAAAUCGAAGAUCAAAUAGAGCUACAAGAUAUGGGAGAGGACACGAGAAUGGAGGAACGAAGGAGUGUCGCGCUCGAUCAGAAUAACCGAAGAGACAGCAAACCCGAAAACAAAGACCCGGAGAAAGAUUUGUUUAAGAUAAUUUUUAUGCUUAUUAUCAUUUAUGUCGUUUGUUAUUUUCCGUAUCAAGCCCAUUAUGUGUGGGAAAGGGUUUGUAACAUCACUGCGUAUCAAUUUAGAUAUCAUCAACUCUUUAUUGAUUAUAAUUUUAUUUUGAUUUGCCUUCCCAGCGCCUUACAUCCUUUGUGUUAUGGAACAAUGAACAGUUUCUUUGCUAAGGCGUUCUCCAAAAUCAUUCUUUGUAGAUCUUAUGAAUAAUAUGUAUCUCAAGUCGUAAGCGGAACUUUGAAUAAACCUUUACCAAGCUGCGAAACUGACUCAUUUUUUAAAUCGAGCUCAGUAAAAGUUCUGAGCUCCCAAUAUGGUAUCUGUAAAUAUCUUGCAGCCGUCUUGGAUACGAAAGGGAAGUCUUCCAGUCAAGAGUUCCAGAGUUUAAAUACCGCAAAAAUUUGUUCGCGGAAAACUGUUUGUUUUUGAACAACUUUGAAAAAAAUAUACCUCUUAUAACGAUGCAAGCUUGGUAGAGGUUGAUGUGUAAGAGUAUGUUUAUUUUAAAAAUACACAAUUUACGUCAGCGAGGGCACUCGCGUCAGUAGACUCCUUUGUGUUAAUUACAGGAACACUGUGAAACGGAUACCUUCAAUAACGUAUUGAAAAUUGAGUUAUGCUGGGGAUCGUUUUCAGCAAGAUCAGAUUAAUGCAAACCAGCCUUUCAAUUUGCCGUCGUAAAUAACGACUUCCUGCCGCCACAUGUAUUGUGUACAAAAACUCUUGAGAAUUACAUAUCCAUGGCUUUGCUUGUAAAUAUGCUCAUCUUUCACAAGGGAAAUUACUAAGACUAGAAGCUCAUAGAUCAUUUUCUUAUCAUUCAGUUCCUUGAGCAAAAUUUGCCAGAUAUCAUAUAGUUUCAACCAUUGUAUGUAGAAAUAUAGGCUUCCAGUAGUUUAAUGAAACGCAGCUGAUUAAAGGAUUUUAAAAUGUGAUCAAUAACUGUAAAAGUUCUCUGAAAUACUUAAGGAAAUCUGAAUAUGUGUUUAUUUGCAAUGAUGGGAGGGUAUUCUUGUUAGCUUAAAAUAUGCCUGAAAAGACCUGAUUCUGUAGGCACAAGAAAUAUAUUUGACUCCUGAUAAAUCGAACUUAUAGGGAAAGGGAAAGAGCUUCAAGUAAUCGGGUGAUCGGGUUAUCGGGCGAAGGGAACAAGUGACCAUAAAUAUGAAACAGAUGGUGUUUUUUGUGUUUUUAUUAAUACAUUGCACAUUUUAAUAACAUUAACCAACGAGAUGUCGGUUUGAAUAAAA